AUGUGUGGCAUCUUCGCUUGUCACAACCACCCCGACGUCGAGAAGUUCAAGCCGACGGCUUUGAAGCUUGCGAAGCUCGUCCGCCAUCGCGGUCCUGAUUGGAUCCUGUGCCAUGAACGCCUCAGCAUUGUUGGCGUUGAUAGUGGAGCGCAGCCCCUCGUUAGCGAUGAUGAGGACAUUAUCCUCGCCGUCAAUGGCGAGAUCUACAACCACAGGUUGCUUCGGAAGGGCCUGAAGAAGCCCUACCCCUUCAAGACACACUCGGACUGCGAGGUUAUCAUCCCGCUGUACAAGGAGCAUGGCCUUGAUACGCCGAAGUAUCUCGAUGGCAUGUUCUCCUGGGUCCUGUACGACAAGAAGCUGAACCGCGCGAUUGCCGCCCGCGACCCCAUCGGUAUCACCACCUUCUAUAUCGGCUGGUCGUCGAAGGAGCCAGGUACCGUUUACUUUGCCUCGGAGUUGAAGUGCCUGCACACCGUGUGCGACAAGAUCCAGUCCUUCCCUCCCGGUCAUGUCUUUGACAGUGCAACGGGUCAAAUCACCCGCUACUUUGAGCCGACCUGGUGGGACGGCUCCCGCAUCCCUCAGAAGCCUGCGGACCUGAAGCUUCUCCGCGAGACUCUUGAGAAGUCCGUCAGGAAACGUCUCAUGGCCGAGGUUCCUUAUGGCGUCCUUCUGUCUGGCGGUCUCGACUCGAGCUUGGUUGCUUCGAUCGCGCAGCGAGAGACCCUCAGGCUGAAGAAGCUGGCCGAGGAGCAGGCGGCCACUGUUAACGGCAAUGAUGAUGAGGGGCUUGUCGGCAUCGGUGAGGACAACAAGCUGAGGACGAAGACCCUGAUGCCUGAGCUCAACUCCUUCUCGAUCGGUCUGCCGGGCGCCCCCGACAACGAGGCUGCGCUGGAGGUAGCCAAGUUCCUGGGCACCAAGCAUCACAUCAUUACCUUCACCAUCGAGGACGGCCUGAAUGCCCUGUCGGAUGUCAUCUACCACCUCGAGACCUAUGACGUGACCACAAUCCGUGCCUCAACCCCGAUGUACCUGCUCUCCCGCAAAAUCAAGUCCAUGGGCAUCAAGAUGGUUCUCAGCGGUGAGGGCAGUGACGAGAUCUUUGGCGGCUACCUCUACUUCCACGGCGCGCCCAGCAAGGAGGCCUUCCACGAGGAGUGCGUGCGCCGUGUCAAGAAUCUGCACUUGGCUGACUGCCUGCGUGCCAACAAGUCGACCUCUGCCUGGGGUCUUGAGGCCCGUGUGCCCUUCCUCGACAAGGAGUUCCUUGAGGUUGCGCUCAACAUCGACCCCCAGGAAAAGCUCAUCCAGGGCGAGCGCAUUGAGAAGUACAUCUUGCGCAAGGCAUUCGAUACCUCGGACGAGCCAGACGCUCAGCCCUACCUGCCCGACAGCAUCCUCUGGCGCCAGAAGGAGCAGUUCUCGGACGGUGUCGGUUAUGGCUGGAUCGACGCCCUCAAGGAUGCAGCUGAGAAGCACGUCACGGAUGAGAUGAUGCGCAACCCCAAGCCGGAGUGGGGUGACGACAUCCCGGACACCAAGGAGGCUUACUGGUACCGUUUGAUGUUCGAUGAGCAUUUCCCUCCUCACUGCGCCUCUACUGUUAAGAGAUGGAUUCCCAAGUGGUCGAAGCAGACCGAUCCCAGCGGCAGAGCUAUUUCGAUUCACAAGGCGAAGUACGCCGAUGCGUAA